CAAACAGACCCGGGUUCUUUUUUUUUUUUUUUUUUUUCUUUUCCACACCCGCCCCCGACUACGAUUCCCUUACGAAGCUGUCCGCCUUGCCGGUUCUACCUAUUGUUUAGGUGCGCUUCGUAGGGCAGGUCAUCGUUCAGCUGCUAAACAGAAACGAGGCCGUUUUUCACUCAACAAAAUAGCGCAGUCUCGCUAGGAUUCGCACCUCAAAUUUGAAGUCAGCAAUCCCACUACAAAAUGUCGGUACCCUUGUCUUCGAGGGCAUACAUCGAUGGGAUAUACAUCCCAGCCGGUUUGCUCGUGCUUGGAACAUUUAUCGUCAAGAGAGAAUGGACACCAAUUGCGACGCUUGUUGCGAUUGCCCUAGGGAUUCUUAAAUACUUCCGUUCGCUACCCAAGAAGAUCUUGAAGCCAGAUGUCUUCCAAGAAUUCGAGCUCAAGGAGAAGACAAUCAUCUCUCACAAUGUAGCCAUCUACCGAUUCUCGUUGCCCUCUCCGACGUCGAUCCUCGGUCUUCCUAUCGGUCAGCACAUUUCCAUUGGUGCCGCUAUCGCGCAGCCUGAUGGCUCUACUAAAGAAAUUGUACGAUCCUACACCCCCAUCUCCGGCGACCACCAACCUGGCUACUUCGACCUCCUCAUUAAGUCAUACCCUACUGGUAACAUCUCUAAGCACAUGGCAUCGCUUGUUGUUGGUCAGACAAUCCGUGUAAAGGGACCCAAGGGAGCAUUCAUUUACACUCCUAACAUGGUCCGUCACUUUGGAAUGGUCGCUGGUGGUACUGGUAUUACCCCCAUGCUCCAGGUUGUCAGAGCUAUUAUCCGAGGACGACCCACUGGCGACAAGACCCAGGUCGAUCUCAUCUUCGCGAACGUCUCCGAGCAAGAUAUUCUACUGAAGGAGGACCUCGAUGCGCUAGCUAAGGAGGAUUCCGGUUUCAGGGUGCACUAUGUUCUUGACAAGCCUCCUGAGGGAUGGACCGGAGGAGUCGGUUAUGUCACGGCUGAUAUGGUUACCAAAUGGCUUCCCAAGCCUGCUGAGGACGUCAAGAUAUUGCUUUGUGGUCCACCUCCGAUGGUUGGUGGCCUAAAGAAGGCUACCGAGAGCCUUGGCUUCAAGAAGGCUCGUCCCGUUAGCAAGCUAGAAGACCAAGUAUUUGCUUUCUAGAGUCCGCGCCACGAAUCGCGCCCUCGGGAGAAACUAGGGGCUUUUAACAAGCUUCGCAGUCAAAUUGCCUUUCCCAGCACGUGUGGAGAUAUUGAUCAUUCCGUAUCGGGAACCUAUGAUGCUGGUUGGGAUAUAUAGGUAUGUUACUGAAGCUUUGCUCAUAUAUAAGCGAGGAGUUGUUUGAAAUAAGCAGUAUACGCUUAAAUCACAAGGUGCCAUAUUGACAUCAUAUAAUAAUUCACUGCCCAAGUCCAUUAAUGAAUAGCUUCACGAAUAAACGAGUAUAUCUACCUGUACCAAUCGGAAGUGAGGGUUUUGUCGAAUAUGACAUUCCGCUUAGCGUUUAGACACCAUGGAAUAACCAUCCACUUUGCGUCCUAUUCCAUCGAUGCUUUAGAAUAACGUCGGUAUAUGAAACCAUCUAGAAUGCCAAGCCCACGAUCUUCUGCUAGAGCCAUGUCCUUGGUUAGCCAUAUUUGGUUAAAUACUAGCAUCUAAUU